CCAGGGUGCGUCGCGCAGAGAGCCCGUGCCGGGCCUACGCGGUUGCUGCGGCGACCGUGAGGCGGGUCUGGCGUGGGGGGUGCGCUGGAGAGGGAGGGAGAAGCGGAGCGGCUUCAGGUGGCGAACCUGGAGGAGACAAGAUGGGCUUGAAGUCCACGCAAGCUGCCUUCUUUCCCAUCUGCAGCAUCGAUGAGGUGGUCAAGCUGUUCGAGUUUGAGCUGAAGAAGGACGAGCCAGACCUGACCCUACUGUCUCUCGUGCUGGGGUUCGUGGAGCAUUUCCUGGCCGUCAACAGAGUCAUUCCCAUCAACGUGCCGGGAUACAGCUUCGAUGGAAGCUCGGAGCCGGGCUCUGAGUCCAGGACUUGCUUCCCCCGCGUGGAUCUCCUUCAGAUCAAGGCGCUGCACACCAGAUUCACCACCAUGAUCCGGGGAGCUGUGGACCGCUCGCUCUACCCCACCAAAGGGGGUUACUCCAGCCGGGACCUGGUGAAGAAGGUGUCCGACGUGAUCUGGAACAGCCUGAGCCGCUCGUACUUCAAGGACAGGGCGCAUAUCCAGUCUCUGUUUAGCUUCAUCACUGGCACGAAACUGGACAGUUCGGGGGUGGCGUUUGCAGUGGUGGCGGCCUGUCAGGUGCUGGGGCUCCGCGACGUUCACCUGGGGCUGUCGGAGGAUCACGCCUGGGUUAUCUUCGGUGAAAACGGAGAGGAGACGGCAGAGGUCACCUGGCACGGCAAAGGAAAUGAGGACAGGCGGGGACAGACUGUGACUGCAGGUGUUGCUGAGAGGAGCUGGCUGUACCUGAAGGGCUCCUACCUAAAGUGUGAUCGCAAGAUGGAGGUGGCCCUCAUGGUGUGUGCCAUCAACCCAUCGAUUGACCACCACACGGACAGCGUGGAGCUGCUGCAGCUGCAACAGCACCUCCUGUGGCUGCUGUAUGACCUAGGACAUCUGAAAAAGUAUCCAAUGGCGCUGGGAAAUCUCGCAGAUCUGGAGGAGCUGGAGGCAAUGCCAGGGAGACCAGAUCCACUUACCCUUUUUCAUGAGGGCAUAUCGUCGGCAAAAAAGUACUACAACAACGAACACAUCUAUCCCUACGUCUACCUGGCCAGUUACUUCUGCCGCAACAGGAAUGUGAAGGAUGCUCUGGCUUCCUGGGGUGACGCAGCCACCGUCAUCCAAGAUUACAACUACUGCAGAGAAGACGAGGAGAUUUACAAAGAGUUCUUCGAUAUUGCCAAUGAUAUCAUUCCGAAUUUAAUCAAGGAGAUGGCCAGCGUAACCGAGACUUCUGAGGAGCACGGAGACGGGGGCACUGAGGGUCAGCAAGGACGGCCCGUGCCCAACACGGCUCUCCAAGACCCCGAGAGCUUUGCCCAGUUACUCCGGUUCUACGACGGGAUCUGUAAGUGGGAAGAAGGCAGCUCCACGCCGGUCCUCCACGUGGGCUGGGCCACCUUCCUCGUUCAAUCCAUCAGCAAGUUCGAUGGGCAGGUGCGGCACAAGGUGACGAUCAUCGUGAAGGACACGGAGGCGAACGAGGACGACGACCAGCACAGCGACGACUCGCGGGACGCCCGGCGCCGGGGUCCCCGCCGCGAGUCCAAGGCCGAGGAGCCGCCGCCUGCCAAGAAGUUCCAGGCGGAGAAGGUGGUGGAGCGCCGGCGGUCAGCCCCCACCCAACGGGUAGUGCCUGUGCCCGCUCCCCCCCUUCCUGCCCCCGCCCCCACGGGACCCUGCGUCACCUUCCACAGCGAGAAGAUGAAGGGCAUGAAGGAGCUGCUCACUGCCCUGAAGAUCAACUCCAGCGCCAUCAAGCUGCAGCUCACGGCCCAGUCACAGGUCCAGAUGAAGAAGCAGAAGCUGAGCUCGGCCAGUGACUACACCCUGUCCUUCCUGAAGAGGCAGCGCAAGUCCCUCUGAGGAUGGGGGGCAGGGGUCGGGA